UUUCUGGAGGCAUGUAGGUGUGUCCCUGGCUGUAUAAAUAAGCUCCAAUUUUCAGAGACGGAAAUCACCCUGAGUUUUGUAUUUGGAUACACUCAAAAGCUAGUAAGAGGCUUCCGGAGAACUAGGAACCAUGAAAUUCAGACAUUUUGCUCUUCUUUGCACCUUCAUCAUAUUCUCUCAGUUGCUGCACGUCGACUGUGAAAGACAGAAGGAGAGAAAAAAAGAAAGGCCGAACAGUGAAAAAGGUCAGAGACCACAAUCUGGAUCCAAUAACCAGAAUGAAAGGGGUCAGAGAACACGAGGGCAAAAAGGUUCUCCUAAAGGCAAGUUUACCACCAAAGACAAAGCUACGUGCACAUGGACACUACAUGAAGCUGAAAUGGCUACCUUGAACAUUAAUUGCAGAAAAGAGGAAAGCACCUUCUCUUGCGAAUUUUCCGGUAAGCCUUCCACCUGUCCACAGUAUGCAGAAAACAAGAAGAUGUUUUGGAAACAAAUCACAAGGUCUCUGAAGAAGAAGCAGAACAUUUGUGACGACCCCAAAGGUAUCCUAAAAUCCAAAGUCUGUAGCAAAGGUCCUCCAGCCGCUCACCUUCGGCUGGUAGUCGAAACUUCACUAAAGCCUAAACAAGAGAAGCCUUUGGUACCAGUAACUUCUGUUCCAACUGGAAACCAACCAAGGGAGUCCUCCAGCGAUUGUGUUGAAGAUGUUGACUAUAUUGAUCAGCAAAAGGUGGCUGAAGAAUACUGUUCAGAGACAUGGCUCUCCCUUUGCCAUUUUUUCAUUUCGAUGGUACAGGAUAAAAAGUGCAAAUAGAUAUGUAACAGUGUUGACAAAGAUCAUUGACUUACGACAAAUACAGUACAAAGAUAGACCAUUCUAAUACAUCUGGUCAAGAAACGGUAUUUCUCAAAGGUUACUCUGAUAACAGAGUAAGGCGUGAUUUCCCUCUUAUCCCAAAAUGGACUCCAGAGAAAUCCAAUGAUUGUAAACACUAAUACUACCCAUAUACCUAUUGCCUCCAUGUAACAUUGGGGGAAGGGGUUAGUGGACAGGUUUGACUAUCGACCUCAUCAGAUGGGACUGGAUUUGACGGCAUACGCCAGUUCCUUUGACGGCAUACACUCCUCUCCAGUUUAGCCACAGAACCCACCAACUUCCAUCCCACAAUGUAUAGCUACUUCUGGCGGGAUUUUGUGGCUAAACUAAAGUGGAACUGGCAUAUGCCGUGGUGGUAGCCAUGUUGCAUUAGCAAUAAUGGGGGAAAGUGAACAGUGGAUGCUUCCCCCUGUGGGAUGGGAUUAAGUGUAAAUUGGGUGAUGCAGGACAUGGGGUGAUGGAUCCCCCUGCUCCCCAUUGGGCAUUUUUGGAUUCACCACGAUCUGUGGCGAUUCCGGCGACCAAUAUGAUAAGAUAAUUAGUGGCUCCCACCUGCUGACAUGAAGCCACUGUUUUUCAGCAUAUUAUUCAAAUGUUACCUUCGGAUGUUACAAAACUCUCUGUAAAAAUGCAGGCCUUGUGUUCUGUGA